AUUGGCAAUUUUACAGAAAUUACGUGGUUUUUGUUUACUAGUAAACAGUUUCUUUUGCUGCUGCUUUGGGUUGUAAAAAGCAUUGGAAAUAUUUAAAACCUUUGAACUUAAAUUUUUAGCGCAACUGAUUGUUCUAGACAGUCUUCUGGAGUUCUUUUAGUUUACUUUUAUUUAAAACUUGGUCUUAUUAACUGAAAGUUACUAAGGCCGUCAAGGUGGAUUUAUUACUUUGCAAAUCUGAUUAGUAAAGUAAGUGAUUGAGAGAAAAGUCCGCCGUAAGUUUUAACAUGAGAUACGCGUACAUACAACAAAACAAUAUUUUGUUGAAUAAAGUGUAUACAGGCACUACGCAUAAUUUGAAGCAAAUUCAGGUGAAUUUGCGUCGCAUCAAUUACUUGUGUCAGAGAACCGACAAGGUUAAGAAGUUUAAGACAGUGAUUUGUAGAAGACACAUAAAAAUGCCUACAGUCAGCACCGUUUCUUGGAUAGCUGCCUAAAGAGCUAAGAUUUCAUUAGGAGCUCAAGAAGAGUUCAAUCAAUUCUAUUCAAAAUGGUUGCUCAAAAGAUCACCUGUCCGAGUCGGAGCGACGAUAUCGGAAAUCAGUACAUCUACUCAGACACCGAAAGAUAUGGUUUUUUCGCAAACGAGUCACAAAACUCGCAGUCUUUUGAAAGUGGUAGACAUAGAUCAUUUAAAGUCAAACAAGGAACAGCAGGAGAACGGCGGCGGCACAACCGGAGUGAUUACCGGCGGAAACAAAGAACCGUUGCCACAAUCGCUAGCGCCAGCGUCAAGCACCAGCUUUUCAGAGGAAUUUUUGAAACCGGAACCAGCGUACGAGAGCACAAUGUAUCACGAGUCGGACUACGGGUUCUUCCAAGAUCUGGAGCAGUUGUGCUUCGAUCCCGCCAGGGAAGAACAAGUACAGACCAUUGAUUCUAUUAAAGUCACUAAAGAAAGGGCACACAACAACGACACUUUACACACACCGUAUUCACCCCAAGAUUGGGAGACAUUCGGCCCUAAUUCCCCAGCUCAAGCGAGCAUGUAUUGCAUCACCCCGCACGAUUCACUCUCCCCAAUGGCGGACGAGUUCGUGCAACUAGACAAGCUGUUGCCCUCGAUAGAGGUCGACACUUACGAUCAGAACAAGUACCAGGAACCAACCCUGGACUUCAACAACAUGCCGGUGGUGUUCGGGGAUCUAGUGGCGGAGAGGAUGGCCGACGUGGGUACCGUGCAAGUCAUGGACCCGGACGGCUGGAAUUUACAACACCAGGAGUUCAGCAAACAAUACACUACCACACACAACAUACUGCCCUUCAUCGAAGAAGAAGAAACAAUGGAUUCUAGAUUAGUGACUGUUAAACCAGGGGAGCUGGAGAAUGAUUUUACCGUUAGCCGAUUCAUACUUGGCAACGAGUUGGGAGAGGAGGCCGAUAAGAAACCAGAAGCGGAGAAGCGGCUCGGGCUGUCGGUGAGCAUCCCGCGCACCGUGGCCUGGGCCGGCGACGUCAUCAGCACGCCGGACAUCGUCACCUACGUGGAGCAAUUGGAGAAGGAGGAAUGCCCACUUUUAGACACCACUUCACACAGUGAGUGGCCGACGGAAGUUGUGGAGUUGGAGCCAACAUCGCUCAGUCCAGCAAUCAAGUCUCCGAAAAUGGAAUACCAGCCCAUCACUCCUAACAGCGAAUCUCAAGUUGAAUCAGACAACGAAGAAAAGCCUUACUCCAGCAGCAGGAAACGGCGUCACAGCAGUGAAGAUUCAGAUUACACGCCUGAUGUGGAAUACACGCCUCGCAACAACAAGAGAAAACCUAAGAAGCCUAAUAUUCCAAUAAAGGACAUGAUAAUGGCGUUAGAGGGGUCUCAGCAGCUGAAGAAGGCACGCCGCGGCCGCCCGCCCAAGAGACGGGAGAGCACGGUCUCGACGUGUAGCAUCGACGACACCACGUCCAACGUCUCGACCCAGGAGAUGAAGUACAGAGAACUUAGGGAUAAGAACAACGAAGCGUCCAAGAGAUCUAGAAUGAAUAGGAAACUCAAAGAAUUGCAAAUGGAACAGUUGGUUUUAGAUUUAGAAGAUAGAAAUCAAAAAUUAAAAGUAAAAGCAGACAUAUUAGAAGAAAUGACGAAAAAGCUGAAAGAGGCUUUGAUGACGGCAAUUUUACAAAAAUGAAGGAAUUCUGGCUUGCAGUUUUGUAAAUUUGAGAACUUGAUUUGCUCGCUUUGAGUUUCUAGCUCGUUCGGCAGCUAGUGUAGAUACACAUAUCUGUAUACGACGACCUCUGCCAUGUACUUGGUUGGAAAAUGUAGUCGUUGUACAUAGAUGGUGUUUGUGGUUUGUGUUUAUUAACACAAUGUGGGUUAUGGAUGCUUGAAAAUAAACAGGGAUAUGAUAAAAAUACUAAAAAGUAAAAAAAAAGCUUUCAUUGUUUUAGAAAUAAGAUUUACAUUAUUUUAGUAGACAGGCACUUACCUAAUUCUAAUGAUAAGUAGUGCCAGAAUUGUGUAACUUUAACUUUAAAGCUUCUUCAUCUAGUUACUAUUGGAUUAUAUAAC